AUGACUGUGCCCAAGGAACAUGUCGGUAUGACUGCGCCCAAGGAGCAUGUCAGUAUGAGUGCACCCAAGGAGCAUGUCGGUAUGACUACACCCAAGGGGUAUGUCGGUAUGACUACACCCAAGGGGUAUGUUGGUAUGACUGCACCCAAGGAGCAUGUCAGUAUGACUGCACCCAAGGAGUAUGUCGGUAUGACUACACCCAAGGAGCAUGUUGGUAUGACUGCGCCCAAGGAGCAUGUCGGUAUGAGUGCACCCAAGGAGCAUGUCGGUAUGACUACACCCAAGGGGUAUGUCGGUAUGACUACACCCAAGGGGUAUGUUGGUAUGACUGCACCCAAGGAGCAUGUCAGUAUGACUGCACCCAAGGAGUAUGUCGGUAUGACUACACCCAAGGAGCAUGUUGGUAUGACUGCGCCCAAGGAGCAUGUCGGUAUGAGUGCACCCAAGGAGCAUGUCGGUAUGACUACACCCAAGGGGUAUGUCGGUAUGAAAGCACCCAAGGAGCAUGUCAGUAUGACUGCACCCAAGGAGUAUGUCGGUAUGACUGCACCCAAGGAGUAUGUCGGUAUGACUGCACCCAAGAUGCAUGUCGGUAUGAGUGCACCCAAGGAGCAUGUCAGUAUGACUGCACCCAAGGAGCAUGUCGGUAUGACUACACCCAAGGGGUAUGUCGGUAUGACUACACCCAAGGGGUAUGUUGGUAUGACUGCACCCAAGGAGCAUGUCAGUAUGACUGCACCCAAGGAGUAUGUCGGUAUGACUACACCCAAGGAGCAUGUUGGUAUGACUGCGCCCAAGGAGCAUGUCGGUAUGAGUGCACCCAAGGAGCAUGUCGGUAUGACUACACCCAAGGGGUAUGUUGGUAUGACUGCACCCAAGGAGCAUGUCAGUAUGACUGCACCCAAGGAGUAUGUCGGUAUGACUACACCCAAGGAGCAUGUUGGUAUGACUGCGCCCAAGGAGCAUGUCGGUAUGAGUGCACCCAAGGAGCAUGUCGGUAUGACUACACCCAAGGGGUAUGUCGGUAUGAAAGCACCCAAGGAGCAUGUCAGUAUGACUGCACCCAAGGAGUAUGUCGGUAUGACUGCACCCAAGGAGUAUGUCGGUAUGACUGCACCCAAGGAGUAUGUCGGUAUGACUGCACCCAAGAUGCAUGUCGGUAUGAGUGCACCCAAGGAGCAUGUCAGUAUGAGUGCACCCAAGGAGCAUGUCGGUAUGAGUGCACCCAAGGAGCAUGUCAGUAUGACUGCACCCAAGGAGUAUGUCGGUAUGACUACACCCAAGGAGCAUGUCGGUAUGACUACACCCAAGGAGCAUGUCGGUAUGAGUGCACCCAAGGAGUAUGUCGGUAUGACUGCACCCAAGAUGCAUGUCGGUAUGAGUGCACCCAAGGAGCAUGUCAGUAUGACUGCACCCAAGGAGCAUGUUGGUAUGACUGCACCCAAGGAGCAUGUCGGUAUGACUGAACCCAAGGAACAUUUCAGUAUGACUACACCCAGGACCAAUGUUGGGCCCCAAUGA